AUGCUCGAUACACCCGCACCAAGGAAGAAGCAGCAACUCACCACAGAAUCCCGACGAAAUUCGUCUAAAUGCCAUUGCUCAUCAACCAACCGACUUCGACGACUCUCGGAUGGCUCACAAGUCAGUUGCAACAACUGGAAAGCGGGCAACGAAAUUCUUCAAGAGCCCUUUGCCCUCCCGGACGCUUCAAUACGACUGGAAGGAGAGACUGUCGAGGAUGUUCCUGUCCACGCUGUGCUUCACGGCUGGGAUAGCAUAGCCCACUCGGGCAGGAUGACGCCUUUGUGGAGGAAGGUUCGCCAGCUCGAUGAACUGUGCUUCUCGGCAUGUGGUCAGGCAGAACGCCUUGCUGUUCUGUUCAUCAUCCAUCUUCUUAUGAGGGCAUAUGCAGAUCCGACGCUGGUGAAGUCUGCAGUCGUACCGAUGUGGUAUCUCAAAUCGCCGUUGCAAGAAAUUUCUCAUGACCCGUCAGCUGAUUACUUCGCCUGGAUUAGAUGCUUACUUGGAGAACUUUAUAGGCCAGCAUUGAGGUACCGUUUCGCGGUUGCGCCACACCGGUACUGUAGCAAUCUGUUCUGGCACAUGCUCAAAGAACAUUUACGAAUAGUAUGGCCAUACGACUUCCGUGACUGCUACACCAGGAACAUGCAACUGGGAACUUAUGGUCUCUCGCCUUUAUUCAAAGAAAAGAUCCACGACUUGAGAUCUUGGACAAUGGCACCAGAUUUUUUUGCCCAAUUUCCUGAGUUGAUGCAGGAUAUACCAAAGUUUCCGGGUCAGCCGUCGCCGAAAACCGCUCUUCCAUUUGGCUUGACACUCUCGCAUGGUGUGGACAGGUCAAGGUCGGCGAGAGAUGAGGGCGAGGAGGAAAGUCAAUCUCCAAGAACCGAUAACAGCAUGAACAACCGCGCCUUAUUCCCCACAUCUUCUCAUGUAAGCGGCUCGUUUUUGAGCGAGCUCGGGAUUGACGGCGUCACGGAUUGCUUCGACUUCUGA